UGCUGCUCAGAGCCGCAGCCUCCUCACAGAGCGCCUCGUUUUCUCGUCUUUCGUUUCAAACAACGACUACCGGUGAAGACAAAAACGGGAAUGAAUCACGUUAAGCGACCAUCUAACGGUGGAGAGAAGGAGAAGAAGUCACCGGAAUGACCCCUCACAAAGAAACGCGUUUCCUCGCGCUGUGCUCGUGAAGCUCAUCCAACGGUUUUAAAGGGGUGCGCGAUCGAGCGGCUCUCGUGCACAACCAGCCGUCAAACAUGCCGGUGCGACGGGGUCACGUUGCGCCACAGAACACGUUUCUCGGGAUUAUUAUCCGCAAAUUCGAGGGUCAAAACAAGAGAUUUGUCAUAGCCAAUGCACGUGUCCAGAACUGUGCCAUCAUCUACUGCAAUGAUGCCUUCUGUGAGAUGACAGGUUUUUCCAGGCCGGACAUCAUGCAGAAGCCAUGCACCUGUGACUUCCUGCACGGACAGCUGACCAAUCGGCACGCUAUUGCGCAGGUAGCACAGGCUCUCAUGGGCUCAGAGGAGCGCAAAGUGGAGAUCACCUAUCAUCGCAAGGAUGGAUCAGACUUCCUAUGUGUGACACACAUCAUUCCCGUGAAGAACCAAGAGGGUGUUGUCAUGAUGUUCAUCUUGAGCUUUGAUUACGUGCUGAAAGAGGGCAGCAUGGAUUCAUUAGACCGACUCAACCACACCUCGCCAACCAGAAAUGAACAAAAAAAAGGACGUUUCUUUGGUUUUCGUCUGCCUGCACCACUGAGCAUGCUGGGAGUGAGUAAGCAAUCCCUCCCCCAGGAAGACCCGGAUGAGGUGACCAUCCAUUCGGCUGAUCAGAAUGAGAAACACUCUUCCUGCUCGUCAUCUGUCUCUCUUUCUCUCUCUCCACGUGAACUCCAUCCACCCACUGGCGAGAGCUGUAGCCCUUCCUAUGGAAACGACACCUGGGCUCUGAUUGGCCAGAAUUAUCUGGGGUCAUGCUCGCCUAUCUCAGGGCCACAGGAUCACUCGUCUCCACGGGGCCCUUGGGAACGAGUGGACCCACAGGAGCCUUUGCCGACUGCAUCUAGGAGAGCAUCACGGGCCAGUAUGUGCACAUUUAGGAGAGUAUCAUCUACACAAGAUUUAGAAGGACUCAGCACACAGACACAGAGGACGUACCGUGAUCGCCAUGCUAGCGAAGAUAAUGGGCGUAGUAUUAAAGUCUCGCGCUCUUGGAUGGCUGGGGGUCCAUUUAAUCAGAUCAAGUCCAGCAUUUUGGGUUCCACGUCUGACUCAAACCUUACUAAGUACAGCACCAUCAACAAGAUCCCGCUCAUCACUCUAAACUUCUCAGAAACCAACAAUGACAAGCGGGCAUCAUCUCCGCAUUCCUCAGAGAAAACCAUCAUUGCACCAAAGGUCAAAGAUCGAACACACAAUGUCACAGAGAAGGUCACACAGGUGUUGUCGCUAGGCGCCGACGUGCUUCCAGAGUAUAAACUUCAGACGUCACGCAUCAACAAGUUCACCAUCCUACACUACAGCCCCUUUAAGGCAGUCUGGGAUUGGCUGAUUCUGCUGCUAGUCAUCUACACCGCUGUCUUCACACCCUACAGCGCGGCCUUCCUGCUCAAUGAUGUGGAGGAGCAGAAGAGACGAGAGUGUGGUUAUUCCUGCAGCCCAAUCAACGUGGUGGACCUCAUGGUGGACAUCAUGUUUAUUGUAGACAUUCUAAUCAAUUUCCGGACUACGUAUGUUAACGCCAAUGAAGAGGUGGUUAGUCAUCCGGCCAAGAUAGCAGUGCAUUACUUCAAGGGAUGGUUCUUCAUAGACAUGGUGGCAGCCAUACCUUUUGACCUGCUCAUAUUUGAGGGAGGAUCAGAAGAGACCACAACUCUGAUUGGCCUUCUGAAGACUGCCAGACUGCUCCGAUUGGUCCGUGUGGCACGGAAGCUGGAUCGUUACUCAGAGUAUGGGGCGGCUGUCCUAAUGCUCCUCAUGUGUAUCUUUGCGCUGAUUGCUCAUUGGUUGGCUUGCAUAUGGUAUGCGAUCGGCAAUGUGGAGAAGCACUAUCUGGAUCACACUAUCGGCUGGUUGGAUAAUCUAGCCAUAUCUAUCGGCAAGCAGUACAACGGCACUGACCUCUCCUCAGGCCCCUCAAUCAAGGACAAGUAUGUGACAGCACUGUAUUUCACAUUCAGCAGUCUGACCAGCGUGGGUUUUGGAAACGUGUCGCCUAAUACCAACUCAGAGAAGAUCUUCUCCAUCUGUGUCAUGCUCAUUGGCUCUCUGAUGUAUGCUAGUAUCUUUGGGAAUGUGUCUGCUAUAAUUCAGCGACUGUACUCAGGAACAGCUCGGUAUCAUCUGCAAAUGCUUCGGGUCAAAGAAUUCAUCCGCUUCCACCAGAUCCCUAACCCGCUGAGACAAAGACUGGAGGAGUACUUCCAACACGCAUGGACAUACACCAAUGGCAUCGACAUGAACAUGGGCUUUCCAGAGUGCCUGCAGGCUGAUAUCUGUCUUCAUCUGAAUGAAAGUUUGCUCCAGAGCUGCAAGGCUUUCCACGGAGCGACCAAAGGAUGUCUACGGGCAUUGGCGAUGCGCUUUAAGACCACUCAUGCCCCACCAGGUGACACGCUGGUGCAUUGCGGGGACGUUCUCACUGCGCUCUACUUUGUGGCGAGGGGAUCCAUCGAGAUCCUCAGAGACGAUAUAGUGUUGGCUAUCCUGGGUAAGAAUGAUAUUUUUGGAGAGAUGAUUCAUCUGUACGCCAAACCAGGGAAAGCCAACGCAGAUGUUCGAGCGUUGAGCUACUGCGACCUCCACACCAUCCAAAGAGAGGAUCUGCUGGAGGUUCUGGAGAUGUAUCCUGAAUUCUCAGACUACUUCCUGUCCAAUCUGGAGCUCACCUUUAACCUGCGUGAUGAAAACGCCAAGGGAGCCACGGCUCCUCAGAGGAACCUUUACACAGCUGUGAGUGACUCAGACACAGACGACCCUGACAUCAGGACCCAGAUCUUCAAGAAGAACGGCUCCGCAGGUUCUCCGAGCAGACUGAGCAGGACAGACAGAGAAAGAAGAAGAGAUCGAGAGGUUCACACGUCACCGGGGGAGGAGGAGAAGGAAGAGGAAGAGGAGGGUGAGGAAGAGAUGGCCAGGACUUUGAGUCGAUCUAUUCAUGUCAACAUGAGCACUAUCCCUGACUCAUACUCUAAAGACUGUGUUGAAAACAAUCUGUUUCACGAAGAUGUGUGUGUUGAAGAAUGGCCUUGUGGGAAUGCAGAUGACUCAGCAAAAUCUCAAGACAGAAAGGGAGGAGACGACUGUGAAAGUGACAUCACAUUCGGCGAAAUGGAGCAAAGACUGGAUGUACUGCAGGAACACCUAAACAGGCUGGAAGAGCAGAUGACCUCAGACAUCCAGGCUAUUCUACAGUUGCUCCAGAGGCAGACCACUCUGGGACCUCCAGCGUACAGUAGUGUGGCCGUCAUUCCAGACUACCACAAACCCGUGCAGCCCGUCACUGCCAUGCAGACGCAGAGUCCUGAUGAUCUAGAGAACGUCUGUAAAGCCAAAGACUCCAACCCUGCUGUUACCACGAUGAUGAACUCUGAAGUCAACACGGCCUCGCCAUUGGUGGCAAAGCCAGAGUGGGACGAGGGUCUCCACAGGCCCUCCUCUGAUCCUGGCCUUCCAGGGCAGUAACAAAAAGUCAAAGGUUAAAGUUUCAUGGUCAUGAAACAGAAUCCAAUAACAACAGAAUUCCCAGGGGCAUAUACAGUAAGAGCAGUGUUUAAUCAUGAGGUUUGAAGAAGAAUGCCUCAUAGAGGAGUCAAACUUCUGUAUGCUAUCAAGUAACUAUGCAUAGACAGAACAAAAUCUUCAGUAAGCUUAACUUCCUCCCUUCAAAACAACAGCAGCUACAGCUAGACUCAGGGUAGAAAACACAAAACCGAAGAGUCAUAUGCAAAGAACUGACAAUGACCUUCCAUGUCCCUUAUAGUUACCUUAAGAGGAGUCAAACAAAAGCUGGUGAACAGAUGCAUUAAUGCAGAAUGAGUCAGUCUAAAGGUUGUUCAUUUUGUAAAUAUAUAAAUGAAAACGGUGUUCAGAAAGUAACAUAUUGGACAUACAACCAUGUUAAUGAAAGAUGCAUGCUGGGGAAGAAAUGCAGUGUUUGUUUUAGUUUUUUUGCAUGUUUCUUAAAAACACAUUUGCAUUGGUAAUCAAGUGACAUGAGCUUGGUUUUUGUCAUUAUAUCACUUAUUUGAGAUUUAUGUAUGUAUUUAAUUAACUACGAAUUUCCUGGUAUUCAGGAAGAAUCUUUUACUUGAACUGAACUCUGCAAAGCAAAGUCUCAUCAUCAAACUGUCAUCAUCUCCAAAUAUCACAUUAUUCUGCCCAUAUCAGAUUUACACAGGAAAGUUACAUUCAGCAAACGACACACUGUCCGUUCAGAGCCAACUAAACAUUGUAACAUUGUCAGUAUUGCAAUAUCAUGUCUCAGUAUUGAAUUUGACAAAACUUUGGCCCUCAUGUUGGGCAAUAUAAACCUUAAAGAUGAAUGUCCUAACACUUCUCAAACACUCCACUUUGGGGCUUUUAACACUUAGAGGAUAAUUUUAACCCUGGGUAGAUGUUAUUUGCAUAUUUCUGAGGCAAAUUUAUGAUAAAACAACUUAACUUCUUGUCCAUCUGUGGAAAGGUUGCCACAGUGAUCCACUCCGGUUGCAGUUUGAGCUGUAUUACCAGGGUUCCCACACGUCCUGGAAAAUUGAUGACUCAUUUUCCACUCCACAUGCAAAAUGAAAUGGAAAAUAAAUGUGUUUUCUUUUAGCCAAGAACAAACAGUUUAUCACUGUCCCGAAACAAUUCAUGUUAGACAACAUUCAAAUGGCCAUAAAUCUGAACCAGCUUGUCUUUGCUCCAAGAUCGGAUGCUGUUUCAUAAGCACCACCUUCUGUCAUAGAGUGAAAUUGCAUCUCCUUCAGCCCAUCUGCUGUUUCAGUUUUGGGCAGAUAUGUUUUAUGCAGUAUAAUUUCACAGUGCUAGUCAGAACAUUCUGUUUUUGCUUCAUAUUUUGAAAUGACAUCUAAUUUAAAUCAAAUCUUCUUUUUUUUAUCAUGAUUCAAAUGCAGUAUUUGCCUCUAAUUUUAAAUGACUACUGAGAGUUCGCCCUGUAAUAGAGCAAAAAACACAUAGUUCAUAUACUCAUAUAUUCAUUCUAUCUUUACUGCUUUAAAAAAAAAUUAUAUUAACAAAACAGUAUUGGAGUCGGCCAUGACAAAUCAAGACUGGUGUAUAACUACUAUAUAUGAUUGGUGGUCUGUUGCCUUUGGAUUCUAGCAGUUAAAGCAAGGUUAAUGCCUGAUUUCAUGUAGUGCUGGACAGUUGCUCAACCCAGGGUUAAAACUGGUCCUGUGAAAAGCCCUUUUGUGUUCUUUAUGCUUUUUUGUCCUCAUUUAUUUAUGCAAUUUACAGAUUCACUUUAGAAGAUUCUUUAAUUCUGAAGCUGUAGCAGUGCUUAUCUGUAGAAAUAUAUCUGGAUAAUGUGAUCUGGAGGUGAAAGCACUAGGUUUGGUAGCAGCAGUCAUCCCUGGCCUUCCAGAUGAUAGAUCUAUGUUAACAGUACCCAUAAAAUGCACACUUUUAGUCUUGCAGUAUGACAUGGCAUUGAGUUCAUGUGUAGACUGACUGCAUGUUUAACCAAAGUUAGUUAGUUGAAUUAAUCACUUAUUCACAUUUAAUGAGAUGCAUUGAAACACACAGUCUUCCUAUUGUCAGCUAAAAAAAAAAAAAAAAAAAAAAGCAGAAAAAAUAUAUGCAUGUCUUAAUUUAUUAAUUUACUCAUAGGGCCACCAGAUUUAGAGCUUCUAAUGUGAAUGAAUUAAUCUGAUUGGUAGGCUGGAAUCUGGAGGCGGAGCAUUGUGAAAUAACAGUGUAUGCGAGAGAGGCUUUAAAUCCUCAUCUGCCAUCACACAGAUGUCAUUGGUUGUCCUGUCUGGCUUGUGUGACCGCUGUGAUCACAGCAUGCGAUGACCUAACAGUUUCCUGUGAGAUGGUCGAAGUCAUGUCUGGUGUUUCAGGAAGUUGGCCAGAGUUGGUUUGCCUUAGGGGUGUUUGUGGGACAUGUGCCCAGUGUGGGAAAAGAACAAGAGAGAGAUACUAUCCUAUUGCGAUCUUUUGCACAAACUCUUUUAAACAUCUUGUACAGUGUCACUUUUUAAAACUAGUGCUGUUCGCGAAAUUGUUUUUAUGCAUUUUUUUAAAUGUUUGACACUGUAUUUUAUACAAUGCAAGACAUAGCAGAUUAGAAUGUUUUCUUCCUUGGAUAUAUUGGUAUGUAUUAUAUUUAUGCUGUAUAUUGUGAAUAUAACAAGUCACCAAAACUGUGUAAAUUAAUAAAAGACAGAAUGCUUAAUUUACAA